AGGAUCUCUUCACCCAAUUACUCCAAGACCUUGUUUACAGCGUUUCAAACUCUUCUUAGGGUUAUCGUCUCAAUUCGCCAUAGUAUACCUCGCCCCAACAAUUUUCUCUCGGCAAGACACAAUGUCCCGGGUGUACAUUGGGAAUCUGGAUCCCAAGGUGACGGACAGGGAGCUAGAGGAUGAAUUUUUAGUUUACGGUGUCUUAAAGAGUGUAUGGGUGGCUAGAAGACCACCAGGCUAUGCAUUUAUUGAGUUUGAUGAUCGCAGGGAUGCUUUGGAUGCUAUUCGCGGAUUGGAUGGAAAGAAUGGUUGGCAUGUGGAGCUUUCUCAUAAUUCCAGCGGAGGGCGUGGUGGCCGCCGUGGAGGUGAUGAUUCAAAGUGUUAUGAAUGUGGUGAACCUGGUCACUUUGCUCGUGAGUGCCGCUCGCGCAUUGGCCAAAGAGGAAUAGGAAGUGGGAGGCGCCGAACCCCUAGUCCUCGCCGACGUAGGAGUCCAAGUUAUGGGCGGAGGAGUUAUAGCCCUAUUGGCAGACGAUCUCCACCACGUCGCAAUGUUUCUCCACGUUAUGGUCGGAGCUACAACGUGUCGCCUACUUACCACCGUGGUCGUCGAUACUCACCUAUUGGAUAUGGUUCACCUGGAUAUAGACGUGGUUGACGCGAAUCACCUUGUGCUAUUGGAGUUUGAACUCUGAAGACCAAUUUGAGUGUACGUGAUAAGCUCUAGUCCGAUAGGGCUUUGAUGGAAGAGUAUAUCACUGUCAAUAACGUUUCAGUUAAUAGUGGACUUGGACUUAGGAUGCCCUCCAUUUCAUCUCGGCAUGCUCUAUUUGGUUUGCCUUCGUAUUUAAAACUACUUAACCAGUUAUGUCUUUACAUUACGUGGUUUAAAAAAAUGCUCUAAGAUUAUUUACUAUGAGUGGAUGUAACCUGCUAUAUUUUCUGUUGUUUUUUUGAAGUAUGGUACAUUGCUCAAACUGGCUGUUAGGUCUCUACAUCAUUAAUGUGACUGCUCUCUCUCUCUCUCUCUGCAUCACCGUUGUUUCUCAGUCUGCCUAAUCCGCUUCACCCUGCUACUGUUUAUCAUCAAUUGUUCAUGUCCUCGCUAUCAUCUCAUUACUCAGUCCAAAUGAAUUUGAUACGCUCGAAAACAGUGAUGCUAAGGUCCUCUCCCCCCACUGUCUCCGCAAAUCUUCCAAGGCCAUUUCUCACUACCCAUCAUGCUUUGGUCAACACUACAUUGGCUUCAUUCAUAGCUUUUGGUCAACACUACAUUGGCUUCAUUGAUAGCGUUGGUCAUGUCAAGCAUGAUCUCACCAGAACACCUGCAAUAUUGGUUAAGUUGUAUCUGGUUUUGCAUCUUAGCAGCUGUGGAUUCAUGUUUAUGGAUGGGGUAUGUUGCAUAUGUAAUAUACCUGACCACUGUGAUGAAAGUGCAUGGUUUAAGGAAAAAGAAACACAAAUGCAUUUGGCAUUCCAUGUUCCUAGUAAUAGUUUGUGGGACUGUGGGAGCUGAGGUCCUUUGUUCUAUGUAAAAGUACUCCCUUUGUCCCUCAAGCUUUGCCGUUUUCCUUUUUCAUCUGUUUCAAAAAAUUAUGUUGAAAAAUAUUUUUUUCAUCCGUUUCAAAUAAUUAUGUUGAAAAUAU